CCUAAGUUCCUAACAAACACCUUUAUCGCAGUCAAAUGUUUGUAGGGUUCAAAGUGUUAAUUUAUAUUUAAUAUUAUUUACAUCCCAACACUAUACACACAAUAAAUUGGACUUUGACAGACCGAUAAUGGCUAAAAUGUACAACGAAGUCAUAAUCAUAUUUAUCUAGACUCUUAUACUGGUAAUAAUAACUAUAAAAUACGCAUAUAUAUUUCAUGUGAUUCCAUUUAAAUUGUAUUUGCAGUGGUGAAUAGCGUGGAGUCAUACAUACUAUUAUAAACCAUACGCGCUGUUAAAAAAUGUGUAUUACCUAUUAUUUAUUUUAAAUUCAAGAAACUAUUACGAUUUUGAAUUUAUACCUAGGUAGGUACAACAAUGAAUGUAGAAAUCGUCACUAUACUGAUUUUAGAUAUUCUCGUAAUCGGCGGACUAGCAGCGGGUGAUGUUAUUGAAUACAAAUCACAUACAGAUAACUAUGACAUCACAACAAUUUAUAAAACAACGUUGGAAUAUAAUGAUGGAGAAAAAAUCAAUCGAUAUCCUUUCAAUAUUUCUUUGUGUCCCGGAUGCUAUGAUGCAAAAAUUCAUUUGAGAACUAAUGCUAUUGGUAUGCCAAUUGAAUUUAAUGGAUCAAUUCUGAGUUCCGAUAAGAAAAGUUUAGAAUUCGUAGCGGACAGCAAGUAUUCAAAAAACAUUUUCACGCAAAACCAAAUUGAAUACGAAAUUGGAGAAUGGACCAUCUCGAGUUUAUCUAUGUCUGAUCCAGUUGCAUUUCUGAACAUAUAUCCCUCCUAUGAAUUACUAUUGUGGAAAGCUAACAACAAAGCAGAAUCAUUCAAAAUCAAAUGGAAACAAAGAAAUUCAAUUAAAAUGUGUAUAUCUGUAUCAUAUUUACUAGGAGAUGAGUCGAAGUGUACGUUUUCAAUGGACUUAACUGAUGAAGAUAAGCUUGACAAACAAAUCAUAUAUUCUAGUAAUAUUAAAGAAUCGAAAAUACUAAAAACGGUAUUGUUCAAAAGCAACAACUGGUUAUAUGAAAACAAAACAUAUAGUUUAAAUUUUAAACUCGAAAAGAAAUCAUCAGAAUUAAAAAUGUACAAUGAGAAAUAUAAAGGAGGAUAUUAUUAUCAAAAUGAAUAUAUUUAUAAAACAGUAUAUAUCGACGGCUGUAAGAUUGGAAUCAAACGAAUAGCUCAAUGCACAGAUGAUUAUGAAAACGAAGAAAUAUUGACGAUAACUGCAAAAGAAUUACAAAAGACACCAUCUGCAUCAGCUUCGUUAAACAUCAAUGUUUAUCCAUUUGCCAAUUCGCUGCAGAUAAGACAACCUGUAUUGCCGACUUCGGAGUGCCUUAACGGAGGAUUUGCAGAUAAAAACGGCUGUACGUGUCCUCCUGGUUUCAAAGGCAAUAAAUGUGAACACGGAUGCGGACCGAACGCGUUUGGCGCUGACUGCACCGGAAUAUGUUCGAUUCAUAAAACGCACUGUCGGCAGAUGAUGUUUUGUACCUACAGUUUUGGGUGCAAGUGUCCGGCGGGAUAUAGAGGAUACGAUUGCACCACAGAAUGUGAGAAUGGUACGUACGGCGUAAAUUGCGAGCAAAAAUGUUCAGAGAGAUGUAGUUCGACAUCGUGUGACGUUUACACCGGUGUUUGCAACAAAGGAUGUACGACAAGUUACAUUGCACCGGGCUGUGAAGAAAAGUAUCCGUGGCUCAAAUCACCGCCACAACUAGAAUCGUCGGAUUUUAGGUCACUAAAAUUGAAAAUUGAUUUUAAUUCGGAAAACAUACUAGGCAGUAACAAUGUUAACUCUGUCUAUUACCAAAUCAUAUUUAAGGACGCUUCAAACGAAUCGAAGUUUCAAUACUUGGAACUAAAAGAACUCAGACAACAAAAGUCCGUAAUAGAAGUCAUAGACGAUCUCAAACCGGGAAUAUCAUACACUUUCGGCGUGAUCCUAGUAUCAGAAGACGGAAAUUACAACAUAGAUGAUAUCAAAACAGUCAAUUACUCGACCAAGUGCCUAAUGCCAAGAAACAUAAACUAUGAUGUCAACUUAUUGAGUGGUACAGACUACAUCAAUGUUACUUGGAACAAGAUUAACGAUAAAAACGAAGUGGACUGUAAAAUAACUGAGUACUUAUUGAAACUUAUGUUUAAUAACACUGCAGCGACACAGCAACAAAGUUAUUCAGAAGAAGUAAAAUCUAAUAAUAAUCAUGGAUAUGUAUUUGAAAAUCUACUAUUUGGUGAAAAAUACGCAGUUCAAGUAACGGCAAUAUCAGCUACGGCUCAGCUGGCUAUACCAUCAAAUAUAUCAUGUAUUUACACCAAACCUUAUGGAUUUGUUAAAAUAAAAAACAUAAAAGCCAAACUAAAUCAGAGUUCAUCACUGAUAAUAACGUGGGAUGUUGACGAAAAAUACGUAAAUACGGCGUUUACUUAUGUAGUUAAAUACAAGGUCAAUAAACAUUUUAGUUGUUCAAACGAAGUAAUUACAAACAACUGGACAUCGCUGUUAGUUUACAAUCAGACAAGACGCGAAAUUUGGGAUCUGACACCAAACACACAGUAUGUUAUUAAAGUUGACCCAGAAAUUAAAGGAUAUACUUACAACGACUAUGCAAAUGUUGUUUUUGUAAAAACACCUAUCUCUACUCCAAAAUUAACACCUGUAAACGACAAAGAUAGUUCGUACAUCACCAAUCAAAGCGCAUACUUCAAAUGGACAAUAAACAAGGCCGAUUGUUCAAAACUAAAUGGUUUCUUUCGAGGAUACCAGAUCAUACUUAAAGAUAUAGUAGAUGGCACGCAAGUAGAAAACUCUGUUAAACAAAACACGGUGUACUACGACGGAUUAAAACCCGACACUAAAUACGAACUGCAACUAUACGUACUGACGAAUUAUGGAUACAACUCGGAACAAGGAUUGUUGAUACCGUUCAAAACCAAAACUAAAUUUUUAGUACCGGUGGACGAAUUAAUAGUUUACAAGAAAAACUUGAAGAACAAAUCGAUUGGUAUCCGAUGGAGUUUCCCUGACGAAAACAUCAUCAACGGUUUUAUUGUUAGCGUAAUCGAUGAGGAUAUGAAUAGUAUAAAGGAAAUUACCAUAGAACCCAAAAGAUGCGUUGCUUGGCCAAAAUUAUACUGCACUACUUUUGAGAACUUAAUACUGAACCACCAAUACACCAUAAAAAUUAAAGCCAAGUCGAUAGACUAUCCUACAGGUGGUUUGGCGGCAUCAGUCGUCAGCAUUUUCAACGACGGGUUUGCAGAUAAACCGGAAAAUCUCAGGACAACAUUCGUAGGCUUCACGCAUAUUUCACUGGAAUGGGACAUUCCAUUCAUAUUCAACGGUGUGCUGAAAUCGUUCAUAGUGAACACCGAAGAGAUUUCGUCUAAAGACAUAGAUAAAUGCUGUGAUAGCAAGCCCGAUAUUGAGAUUCCGAUAACAGAAGAACUCCCAACUUAUAACUGCACGAUAAACCACUUGAAGCCCGGUUCCACUUAUUCGAUCAGUGUAUUAUCGAAAACUUCGUUAUAUGGUCAAACUAAUAGGAUACACGUGACGACUCUAUCCACUCCUGCGGAGGCUGACAACAUUGAAAACCAUCCGGUAAUGACACCUGAAACGCAGAUAUCAGUCAAAUCUGAAGAAAGGAGUCCCGUGGAAGAAGAUUAACGUAGAAUAUCAUUGCACUCUUAGAUCAACGUAGAAUAUGAUUGCACUUUAAUAGAUUCACGAGCAAGUUAUAUAAUACACAUAGUACAUAAGUAUUUUUCAUUAUUAUGUAUACGCACAUCCGCAGUUAUAUAUUUAUUAUUUAAGUUUAGGUAAAUUUUUAUUAUCAUUAUUUUAUAUUCAUUGAAGUUUAUUAUAAUUCACACGAAAACCAAAGUGGAAAAAAACAGGUAAUGUUACCAAUUCCAUACUUAUAAAAUAUGUAAUUAAUUUUUUUUUCAAUAGAUAUAUAUUUUCAAACAAUAUUUAGAUCAUAUAAACUAUAACCAUAAUAGCUUAAUGGUUGAUUCCAUUAUUUCAGAUACAAACCUGAAAUAAAUUAAUAAUUAACAUUUAAGUCACAUGUACACAUUUAUAAUAUAUAGAUACUUAAAUACAUUAUAGUCAUGAACGGACGAUUGAUAUACAAUUUAUGUAUUGAUACUCGUUUAAAUGCUAAAAACUAAGGACUGGGACAGAUUCCAAAAUUCUAAUAAGUAAGACUAUUGUAAAUCAGAAAUUCAAAUAUUUUACUUUUAACUCAUAAUUGUAAUAUUCUAGUUUUUUAGAGACACAUAUAUAUUAUAUUAUAUGUAUCUAUAAAGAUUUCGAAAUAACUGGAUAUGUAAUGACGGAUGAAUAAUAAUUAUCACAUUUUUAACAUUUCAA